AUGGCCCUGCACGAACUAAAGAGCAAGCCAGCGGCCGGCCCGGAUCACAUCUCGAACAGAGCGCUCAAGAACCUCAGCGAUGCGGCCAUCGAAAGCCUCACCGGUUAUUAUGACAAGUGCUGGAGGGCGGGGUCACUGUCCCAGCAGCGGAAGACUUCCAAGACCAUACUCAUCCCCAAACCAGGCAAGCCGCCGAACACUGACAACCUCCAGGCCAUCUCGCUCACGUCCUGCGUGGGCAAGGUGUUGGAGCACAUUCUCAUGUGUAGGUGGCAGGAUUACCUCGAGGAGUCGGGACUAUACCCCACCACGAUCAUCGCGUUUCGGCGUUCCCUCGGCACCCAAGACGCGAUGAUUCCGUUGAAGAAAGAUAUCAUUGACGACGACACCCUAACGUUAUACAAGGAGAUCCUGGGGCUGGACCUGCAAAGUGCCUUCGACAAGGUGAAGCACUCUGCGAUCUUAGCCCAGGUGUCCAGACUCAAUAUGGGCGCAAGAACGUACAAUUACAUCAAGUACUUUCUGACGGGGCGGACUACCGAGCUCUGCGCCGGCGAUCUGCGGCUCCAAGAGAAGAGGCUCGGCAGUGUCGAAACCCCCCAGGGCUCGGUCAUCUCGCCGUUGUUAUUGAACCUCGUUAUGAUCGGGGGGGCCAAGCGACUCUCUCGCUUCGAGGAGGUCCGGCACACCAUCUACGCCGAUGAUAUCACGCUAUGA